AUGGACGCCCACGCCCCGGCAUCCCAGCUUCCACGCGUCCCUACUCUUCCUUUUCACGCCUUAGUCUUGACGACUGGUUGUUCCGCGGACAGUGACAUCCUCUCCCUGCACGGCCCUCAUCUAGGGACUGCCGAUGCUCUCAACAACUUUCACUCCAAAGCCGCUCAGGCCAAAUCCAUCGUCGUCUGCGGCGGCGGCUGUUCAGGCGUCGAAGUCGCCGGGCAGUUCGCUACUUACCUCGACUACAGCCGCCACUUUCCUUUCCGCAGACAAGUCCCCAACCCGAAACGCAUCACCCUCAUCUCCGGCGGCGAACGCUGUCUCCCCGCCCUCGCACCCAAAUACGGCGCUCAAGCAGAAAGGCUCCUGAAAGGCCUCGGAGUCGCAGUCAAGCACGGCGUUCGCGUCACGGAAGCCAAAGAAUGGUCCGACCAGACCGGCGCUACACGUCUCGAUCUCACGGACGACACGCAGAUAGUCGCCGAUCUGUACGUUGCCUGCACCGGGGUGAAGCCGAACAGCCACUAUGCUCCAUCCCACAUGAAAGACGAAAAGGGCUAUAUCCUCACCAACGCGGCUUCCAUGCGCUGCGACACCGCCGGGGUGAGGAUCUACAGUAUCGGCGACAUCGCCUCUUACAGCCAGAAUUCCGUCCCGGACGUGUACGCCGCCGUUCCCGUGGUGAUGCACAAUAUGCUUAAUGACCUUCUCCGAUAUGAAUUCGAACCGGUUGCUGCUUCGUACGGAGGCAGUAAUAAUUAG